UUAUAAAUGCAUGUUAUUGCCCAGUCAGCGGCCGAACAAAGUAAGGAAUAAUAAAGAAAACAUCAAAAAGUAUAAAACAACAGAGAAACUUGAAAUGGGUAAAAAAGGAAGAAAGGCAACAGAUUAUGACGAAAUUCUCAAAGAACAGCAACAUCUCUCAAAUACAUCUGCAGGUCCUUCUUCUCCCCCUCGCAAUGAAGGGUUUGUUGCUCGUAGUUGGUCAAGAAUAUCAGGACGCCGUAAACGACAAAAACAAAAGUCGGCGGCCGAAGGAAGGCAACAACGCGAAGAAAUGAUACAAGACAAUAAUAGAAGGGGCAGAGGAUUAUCUCAAAACACCCAACUUGAAUGGCCUUCAAAUAAUGACAGAAAUUUGGUUGGAUUAACACAUCUCGAAAGAGAGGAAGCGAGAACAAAAAAGCCUUUUUUUAGCCGAAGUAUGGACAGGCUACGACGUUCAAUUCGUCGUUCAUUCCGAAGAGGUGGUGGACAAGCCGGGCAAGCCCUAACAAGCUCAGCAACAGAAGGGCAUCCAUCCUCUUCAACAAAUCCCCAACCAAGUGGAAAUGGAACUAGCGGAGUUGGUGGAACGUCAAAUAAAAGUUAUUGUCAUUCGGAUGAAGUUGCAGUGCGUUCUGCUGCUUGUUCUUUUCCCGUCAAAUAUUUGGGCUCUUGUGAAGUGUUUGAAUCACGGGGCAUGCUUGUGUGUGAGAGCGCUUUGCAGCAUCUUAGAAACCGUAAAAGACCGGUCAAAGCACUACUUUAUGUGUCUGGAGAUGGAAUUAGAGUAGUUGAUCAAACAAAUAAUAGAGGGUUAAUUGUUGAUCAAACAAUUGAAAAAGUUUCGUUUUGUUCUCCCGACCGUCAUAAUGAUAAAGGAUUCGCUUAUAUAUGUCGAGAUGGGGCAACUAGACGGUGGAUUUGUCAUGGAUUUCAUGCAACUAAAGAAUCGGGGGAGCGUCUUAGUCAUGCAGUUGGAUGUGCUUUUACUGUUUGUUUGGAAAGAAAACGAAAAAGAGAUGCUGAAUCUGAGGCUUUUAAAGAUGCCCAAGCAUUAACAAAUUCAUUAAAUAGCCCAACAAAUCAAAAAUCUCCAAAUAAUUUUAAAUCCUUUGAUCAAACUGAUCAAUCGUCUUUGGCUAGAACGAAUCAGGGAUAUCGUUCUUUUCGCCAUUUGAGUAUUUCUGAACGUCGUUUGGAUCCCCAAAAAGCAAUUCUCGUUGAACAAGAAAAGAUAAAGCCAAGUAAUUCAUCUUCUGAUGUGUCAACAAUUAAUAGUUUGUCUUCUGCAAUUGGAGGAUUUACAGCAACACCUAGACCUUCGGGAAAUCCUUCGCUUUUUGAACGAUCGGUUAUUUUUUUAAUUUUUAAAGGGGUUUUGUUUGUGUAA